UCCCUGCGUGUAACAGUGUGUACAGUCUGAGUGAUGUCAGACCUGAUCUCAUCUCUGCACUGAGAGCAUCAGACUGGAGAAAUUACAAAAUGAAGUAUGUUUCUGGAUUCCUUUCAAUCAUUAUUGCAUUGUUCAUCACUUCAACAGGGGCUGAAGAUGUGAUGGUGUAUGGUCAGGUGGGAGGGACGGUCACUCUACCCAGAUCGAGGUGGGGUUCAGAAAGGGUGUUGGUACAAUGGUACCUUGGGAUGGACACAAAACCUUUGAUAUCCCGCAACGCCCAUGGUCGAGAGACGACAGAUCUACUGUGGAAAGACAGGCUGUCUCUGUCCAAGACGGACUUCUCCCUGAUCAUCAACAACAUCAGACUGGAGGACUUCAAAUCCUUCAGAUGUGAACUGAAGGAUUUCAGGCCAACACCAAUUACCUCAGUCACCACAUUCAGACUGUCCCAUGUGAGUGUACAGCCAGUCUCUCCCCUGUUGGCUGGGAAGAAUCUUAAUCUGAAGUGUGACAUAGAGGAAAUAUUUGAGGGGACACAGAGAAGAUGGCUUAGUCCCCAGAAACAGGACCUGAGCAAGGACACGCGUGUCCAGAUCAGAAAUGACAGCAGCCUGACAGUAAUGAAGGUCACUGGCCAAGACCAUGGAGAGUGGACCUGUGUGGUGACAUACCAGGGCAGGGAAGCCUAUGCCAACACCCAUGUUACUGUAAUAGACCUCUCCCCCGCUCAUCCACAGCCUAUCUACACCUCUGUCUCCUCCCUCUCUCUUCUCCAUCUGCCAUGUUUCUUUUCCGUUCCUCCUCCUCUAUCCUGGUCAGACAGCCAGGAAAAGAGCAUCCAGGGAGGCCGCUGGACCUUUACCCCAAGCCCAGCGGCAGGCUCCCUCACUGGGGUUGUCCAGACCCUCGCCAACCUCUCCCUGGGGCCUCCAUUAGCCUGGGUGGUCAAUCAGAAGAGAGGGCUGGAUGUCUCAGCCCUGCAGAGAAAAAAUCUAAACCUCUCCCUGUCAAAGAAAGGGGUGACGGAGGGUGACAGGGGCGAGUACACCUGCGCUGUGGAAUUCCAGAGGGACGACACCCUGAAGAGAAGUACGUGUGUGGAGGUGCUACAGGUGUUUUCCUCUCCAGCUCCAGUGGCCUUUAUAGGUCAGGAGGUCAACCUCACCUGCACCCUGGGCCACUCUCUGACCUCUGACCUGAAAGUGAAAUGGAUCCCACCACGCCAAUCCUCCCUCCGCGCUUUAAGCUCCUCCCCCCACCCCGCCCAUCUCACCAUCCCGGAAGCGAGGGAUAUACAUGGUGGGAGAUGGAGGUGUGAAUUGUGGAGGAACAAAACCAAGCUGACAUCAGUGGAGAUCACACUGAAGAUCGAGCGAGUCCCCAUGGACGUGUGGCUGUUGGUCACCAUCUGUGCCGCAGCCUUCAUCUUCAUCCUCCUCUUCAUCCUCACUGUCAUCCUCAGCCGACGCCACAGACAGCGGUUGAUGAUGCUCAGACGUGGUAAACGCAGAAUCUGCCGCUGCAAAGACCCCAAACCAAAAGGAUUCUACAGAAACUAGAGAAGUCAUACAGACCGGAAUCCCUGUCAAUGGACAAUGCCUCUACUAUUUUGUCUUAGCUAUUCUAUUCUGAUACAAAGAAAAACCAAAAGGACAAAAGAAGCAAGAAAGAAGAUGUUUUCAUGUGAUGUUUGAUAAUAGAUUUAACAAGUGUAUAUUAUCAUCCUUAAUGACCUAUGAUUGAGCUACAAUUUAACUAAUACUGUAUAUAAAUAUGUAUAGCUACUGUUGCUUUUUUACUGUACACUGAGUAUACAAAACAUUAAGAACACCUGCUCUUUCCAUGACAUAGACUGACCAGGUUAAUCCAGGUGAAAGCUAUGACCCCUUAUUGAUGUCACUUGUUAAAUCCACUUCCAUCAGUGUAGACGAAGGGGAGGAGGCAGGUUAAAGAAGCCUUAAGACAAUUGACACAAGGCUGAAUGGGCAAGACAGAAAAUGUAAAUGCCCUUGAACCGGGUAUAGUAGUAGGUGCCAGGGAGCACUGGUUUGUGUCAAGAACUGCAACGCUGCUGGGUUUUUCACGCUCAACAGUUUCCUGUGUGUAUCGCAGUGGAGGCUCCUCAGAGGACCAAAAUAAAAAUAGUUUUUUUUUUUUUUUUAAGGUAUCCUUUUAGAUACAACUAUACUAUAUAUAUUCAAAUAGUUGAUAAAAACACCCUGGUCUGCAAGGAAGGUCUACAGUAGCCUCAGCAGCACUCUGUAGGUUAGCAUUUGUUUUUUUCCGCCUGAUCACAGACAGCUGAUGUGUUGUGCACUGAAGUCCACAAGCGAAUGGGAGGAGAGAGCGCAGAUAGUGCCGUGAAGGAGUUAUAUAUAUAUAUAUAUAUAUAUAUAUAUAUAUAUAUAUAUAUAUAUAUACAACGCGCAACGGGUAUCAUGCUGUUUUCAUGUGGCUGCUAUGACAGUGAACUGUGUUUGCGUGUGAUCAGGGGUGUAUUCAUUCUGCUGAUUCUGUUGAGAGAAAAAAAGUUUCUUAAACGGAAGCAAACGGAACGAAACGGAGAUAAACAUACUUGAAUUCGUCCAAUAGAAUCUCUCAUUUGCAACUGUUGGACUAAUGAUUACACCCUAGAUCAGCUAGAAGCAGGCUAGAGUGCGCAAGGCGGUAAUGAAUGUGCCACUGUCUGUCACCUUGAUUAACAAAAAUGAUCUCAACCUGUUGUAUCAAACUCAUCAUGGGUACAGGGAAAAUUCGAGCAUCAUGUCGUAGCCUAAACCUAUCAAUGUUACAUUGAACUGGGUGAAUGGAAUAUGAAUGACAGUCAUCCAAUCUGCUGUAAUAGAAAUAAGGCCAUGUUCAUGAAAAAAUAAUCAUCCUCCCUCAUCUUAAACGGCACCGACCGCCACUGAUAUCAAGAAUGGUCCACCAGCCAAAUUUGACACAACUGUGGGAAGCAUUGGAGUCAACAUGGGCCAGCAUCCCUGUGGAGCGCUUUCGACACCUUGUAGAGUCCAUGUCACGACAAGUUGAGGAUGUUCUGAGGGGGUGCAACUCAAUAUUCGGAAGGUGUUCCUAAUGUUUGUUAUACUCCGUGGAUAUUGCAUAGCACUUUGUUUUACAGUCCAUUUUUUACCCAAUAUUUUUUUAAGAGAAUGUAAUAACAUCUUAAUACCAUAGUUUCUCACGGUUUCAGGUAGUGUGAGCAGACUGCUGCGUGAUCAGGCUCGUUCCACCAAGCUAGGAUUCAGCAGGCUACACAGUUUUGCUGAAUUGUUUGAAAUAGUAACAGAGAAAACACAGGGGUUAUUGUUGUUGUGUUAUAGGACUGUGAAAUAAAGUGUUAGAUUGUAUUUAAAUGAUUGAAUUAAACAAGAAUAAAAAAACAAGCAGUGACUGAGGGGUGGCUGAUAGGCAGCUUUAUUGAAAUACCUUCAGCGAUGGGUAGACAGACACCAACACAAAUAGAUACCCACUGUCACUUCUUCAUUUGUUUUGGCUAGUUAGAUAUGCUGUGACUGGGAUUCAAUCCAUUGCACGUUGUAGAAAUGCACAUUGCGUUUGAUUUUAAAAGAGAAUUUACACUUUAUUACCGCUGCGUUUACACUGAAUUUGAUUUCCUUCAACAUGGAAAAAUUGCAUUUAAAAUGCACAUUGUCAACAGUGCAACCCUACAAUGUGCCUUCUAUUGAAUUCCUGCCACUCUAAGCUUAUUUCAUGGUCAGUGGUGUCUUUCACCCGCUGAUUCAAGGGCAA